AUGGCAGAAAAUAGUGAAAAACUAUUUAAAGAACUAGAGGUUGGUGAUCAAAUAGUAUUAAGUGUUCCAAAAGUAGACCGAGGACCUCUCGAUAGUCAAAAUAUAAAUGGGUUAGUGAUAGACAUUCGGAACGGCGUUUACCAAAUUGGCACAGAAGUUGGUAUAAUAAAAAAUUGGUGUUCGAGAGAAGAACUUCAACUAGUGUCAAAUAAUGGUUUAGAAGACAGCAAAAUACAAAAAGACAAAUUCGUGUCCAUAUGUGAAGCAGUAGCAAACUUAUCAAUUUUCAACGGUCAAGGUUUUGUUAAAUGUCAAUGCCAAUCAGGAAAGCGGCAAUGUCAAACCAAUAGGUGCUUGUGUUUUAAGAAAAAUCUUAAAUGUUCCAGCAAAUGCCACCAAAUUACAACAUGUGACAACAAGUAA